GUGGCACUGACUCAUGAAUGCGAAAUUCGGCCUAGGAAACCUGCGACGAAGCAGAAAUGCCACGUCGCCUACGUCACCAUGGCACGACGCCACUGUUCAUUGCCCCCUUUCCCCGCUCACGUGCGCGCCAAAUGCACGCACGUUGAUCUUGGCAACCGCACAGAAUAGCUGCAGGCGUUGCUAUUCUUGCCGGCCACCAUCGUCCUCGACAGAUAAUCGAGGCCAAGUCCAGUUUUGCCGGUCGUCCUAUUGUCUAUGCCACAGUCGUCUGUGUCUCUGUCUUUAUCGGUUCAGGGUUCGGGUUCGGGGGUUUUCAGUCCGAAACGGCUUGAGGAUUGGCUGGCCAGUUGCAACUUGUUGCCAUUCCGCGUUUUGCCAGCUUAGACACAUUCGACUUUUUUUUUUUUUUUUUUAAUUUAUCACCAAGUUGCAAAUGGCCUUCAAUGAUCGCUCCCGCAAGCGCUUCCUGCGUCUACCGCGUCGUAUGGCCGGUGUUGCCGCCGUGUGUGCCGCCGCUACGGCCUGCAGUGGCUAUUCCCAAGAACCAGCGCGCCUGGAUGCCGCUCGUCGACCCAUGGGCAUGGGUAUGGGCAUGAGCAGCUCCCUCAUGGUGCCGCACGCCGUGACAACCGCGCUUAAGCAACAACGCGCAACGGAGCGCCACAUGGACGCGUGGCGUCUGACACGCAGUCGCUUGCAACAGGAAUACGACCUGGAGGGCGUCAUCGGCGAGGGUGGCUUCGGCCUUGUGCACGUAGGACGCCACCGCGCCUCAAACGCUCGCGUUGCCAUUAAGCGCGUGUCCAAACAGCUGACGACCAAGGAGGAUUUCAUGCAGGAGGUGGAUAUUCUCAAGCAAGUUGGCGGUACCCACAACGUCCUGGAACUGCGCGAGGCAUUUGAGACCUCAGACGCCUAUGUGCUGGUCACGGAACUGGUGCAGGGCGGCGAACUGUACGAUGAUCUGGUGGAAAACGGCGUCUUCGGGGAGGAACGAGCCAAGGAGCUAGUACACGAACUGGCUGUAACUCUUGAGUAUCUGCACUCGAAGCGCGUAGUGCACGCCGACCUCAAGCCAGAGAAUAUUCUGUUGGCUAACGAUAAGUUGAAACUUAUCGACUUCGGCCAAUCAUUCCGCCUGCACGAUGAUAAUGGCCGUAAGAUGGACGUGUGCACGACGGCGUAUGCGUCGCCUGAGGUCAUGGGACAGCGGGGAUCCGGCUGUGCUAUGGACGUCUGGGCGCUCGGCGUCGUGCUGUACAUUGUGCUGUGUGGCACGCACCCGUUCGACCCCACGGACGACGCCACGGACGAUGAACUGCAGCAGCGGAUUCUUAAGGGCGAAUUCGACUGCGACUCGGUGGGCUGGGCCUGCAUGUCCGACAGCGCACGGGACCUUAUCCGUCGCAUGUUGACUGUGGACCCGAAGAAGCGCAUCAGUGCGACGCAAGUGCUUCAGCACGAGUGGGUUACCAGUUUGUGAAAAAAAAAAAAAAAAUUCACAGUUUUGCAAGAUGCAAAGUAAAACGACUGCAAAUUGUCGUUUGCAUCGCGAUAUUUUUGUAGACAACCUGCACGGUAGCCUCGUGCAUUAGAAGAGCUGAUGGCUCGCUGCAUUGAUUUCAUUAAUUUAUCCUAUCUUUCAUUCAGA